GAAUAAUUUGAGAUUAGCAACGAAUAAGUAGAGAAUAUACACAAAAUAUAAUUUUUAACACUUACAAAAAUGAUUAAAAUAGCGCUGUAUACUAAGCGCGAAAUUUGAAAUUUAUUACGAACUUAAACGUGUUGAACACCAUAUUUUUCGAAAAAUUACUUACAAUCGAAGUUUUGGUUACUGACGACAAAUAACAAACUAAAACCAGAAUAUUGAAUAAGUAUUUCUCUAUAUUUUACAAGUGAAUUGAAAAAGCAUUUUGAAUCUUCAACUUCUUCUCAAUGAGGAACUAUCAGUAUUAGCAGAGUUAAUGUCAUUAUGUCCUGCAUUAAAGUUCCAGGGCCAAGUGCAGAAUCAUCGAAAAUGGAAAAUAUAGUAAAUCAAGUGGGUGCUGAAUCCAAAUAUAAAGAGUUAAUAGCGUCAGCCAAUAAAGUGUUCGGAAAAGAGUGGAGCCAUGCGGUCACACAUACAACAAUAGAUUUUAUCGACUGCAUUGUGGGAAAGUACCAUGUCGGGUGCCAAGCAACAGUAAAAGUGCAACUCUCUAAUGGAAGGUAUCACGAAGACGUAGGCUACAGUAAUUUCUAUGCUUCGACGAAAGGAUUAGCUGUUGAAAAUGCUCGAUCGAUCUCAAUCACAAGAGCUUUAACUAGAGCAUUGUCUUGCUUUUAUGAAAUGGAAGAUGAAAUGCGACCGAAUGCAUCUCAGCAGAAUUUAACAGAGAAUAUUUCUAAUAUUCCCAAAACCAAAUCUGCAAUAAAGAGACCCAGAACCCCGCCUCCGUCAGCACGAUCAACACCAAAAUUUGCAAGAAGCCCUUUAUCCUUUGAUAGAAUACACGGAAUGAAACCAGUAAUUCCAAAUCGUGCAGAAGUUACAAAUAACGGUCUGCAAGUUCCUCAAGAAAACGAGCAAAUGGAUUUAGUUGAUAUUGUAGAAUUAGAUCUGGACAAUUUUGAUGUUAAUAGUAAUGAUGUGCCUGCUCCUGCGAUUAAUGCUGCUACAUCUGAUUUCCCUGCGUCAACUUCUACGACUAUGACUUCGGAAGAAAUUCGUUUAGCACGAAUAAGAAAACAGAGGGAAAAGAAGGAAGAAUGGGAAAGAGCUGAGAGAGAAAAAGAGAGGCAAAAUCAGCGACCGGAAACCACGCACAAAUCUUCCAAGUUUUGAAGUUUUCAUCAUUGAAUUAUUUUAUAAUUUAUUUUUCAUUUUCGUACAAAGGCGCAUUUUAUUCAUAUAUGGUAUAAGCGUAUUUUAAAAAUUAUGCAUUGUGUCAUUAAAGUUAUUCGUCUAAUUUAUGCAUCACGUUCAUGUACAUUGCCAAAGAAAGAUUUAGAAGUGACUCUUAAUUUGAUACAGAUUUUGUAAAAUUUUUUUUUCGUUUUACUGCUGCGGCAUUAUCCGUAAAAUGUUAUAUUUUUAAUUUCUUCAUUCUGGGAAGUUUAUGAAAACGAUAAGAACUUUUAUAUUUUUAAAUCUUUAAUUACGAAAUAUUCUAAAUCCCGAUAACAAAGAAUAUUUUUCAAACCUCUGAAAUCUGAUAAUAGCCACUGUGGGUACAAUUAUGGCUCAUCAUUUUCGAAAUUCGCCAGAGCUAUUGCAAUAGAAUCUAAAACGAACAAAUCGAUGACUCUUAGAAGCGUUGAACUAUCGAUCUCUUCCGGUUGAAGAAUGCAGCAGAAUUCAGUAUUGUUUUAGUUUAUUUUAAAAACUCGAUUGAAAAGAAAAGAUGUAUUAUUUCAAAAUGGGAACAAUACUGAAUACAAUUUACAAACAUUCCAAAUUAAUUGAAACAAUGCGUGGAAAAUUUAUAUUUGAAAUUCCUACAAGUGUAAAAUUCUUAUAUUUUUGUAUGUAUAAUUAUCCAAAAAUAUAGCAUGGAGAAUUUCGAAGAUUUUUAAUUGAAGGAAUUCCACUUUUGACAAUAUUAAACACUUUUUUGAAUACCUGUGUAGUGAGUAUUAAAAAUGUGUGCAGUUUCUAUUUUAAUUAUUUUAGGGGCUAUCAACAAAAAUUACCUACGUAAUUUGCAAAAGAUCCAAUGUAAUUGGAAAUAUCACUUGCAUUCCUUUAAAAUAUUUUACAUGAAAUGCAAUUGGGUCAAAAUAAGUGAAACGGGCUACCUACAAAUUAUUUCUCUCGGAUUGCUAAGAUGUGUAAUGUAAUCGUCCAAAUUUUCGAUCUCUGGUUUUUAACGGAUCAUUAAGUUUCGGCACGCACAGAAUCCGAAAAUAAUAAAAUUUUGUCUG